AUGUAUCUCAUUUUGUUCAUAUCUAUCUAUCUAUCUAUCUAUCUAUCUGUCUAUCUAUCUAUCUAUCUUUUUGUUCAUAUCUAUCUAUCUAUCUAUCUAUCUAUCUAUCCGUUUUUAAUCUAUAAAUAUUUCAAUUCAUUUUCGCUUAUCUAUCUAUCUAUCUAUCUAUCUAUCUAUCUAUCUAUCUACAAGCUCAUUCGUUUCGUCCCUAUCUAUCUAUCUAUCUAUCUCACACGCUUAUUUUUUAUUUUAAAGACACUACGUAUAAACAUGCACGCCGGGAGGCCGAACCCUCUUAAUAUUUCUUUUUCUGGUGACACUUCUUUGUCACUGAUUAUUUUUCUUCAAAAUCGGACACUCCGGACCUUACAUAAGGAUAGCCGCCAUACGGCACGGUCCUCAGCAGACUCUUCCCCGUUAGAAUGUGGAAUUCUACAGUGCUUAAGAGAUUCUUCUGCCUGUCUUUGUAACGUUUCUUUGGUCUGCCGGAGGCUCUCCUUCCAAAUAUUUAAUAAUAAACAAACUUACCGUUUUAUCUAUCUAUCUAUCUAUCUAUCUAUCUAUCUAUCUAUCUAUCUAAUAGUACUCAAUUUUCGGCUUGAUCUAUCUAUCUAUCUAUCUAUCUAUUUAUCUAUCUAUCUAUCUAUCUAUCUAUCUAUCUGCAUCUCUCAAUAUAUAUGUAUCUAA